AGCGGAGCCAGGAGGCCCUGCACCGUGUGGAGGUCGUUUGAGUGACCUGCUGGCCGCCUGUUCCUUCUGCCGUCCCGAGCCCUGCCCGCCUGGCCAUGCUCUCCGCCCUCGCCCGGCCUGCCGGCGCCGCUCUCCGCCGCAGCUUCAGCACCUCGGCCCAGAGCAAUGCUAAAGUAGCCGUGCUAGGGGCUUCCGGAGGAAUCGGGCAGCCCCUUUCGCUCCUCCUGAAGAACAGCCCCUUGGUGAGCCGCCUGACCCUCUAUGACAUCGCUCAUACACCUGGAGUAGCCGCUGAUCUGAGCCACGUCGAGACCAGAGCAGAUGUGAAAGGCUACCUGGGACCUGAACAGCUGCCAGACUGCUUGAAAGGUUGCGAUGUGGUGGUUAUCCCGGCGGGAGUCCCCAGAAAACCAGGCAUGACGCGGGAUGACCUGUUCAACACCAAUGCCACGAUUGUGGCCACCCUGACUGCUGCCUGUGCCCAGCAUUGUCCUGAAGCCAUGAUCUGCAUCAUUGCAAAUCCGGUUAACUCCACCAUCCCGAUCACAGCAGAAGUUUUCAAGAAACACGGAGUAUACAAUCCCAAUAAAAUCUUCGGUGUGACAACCCUGGACAUUGUCAGGGCCAAUACUUUUGUUGCAGAACUGAAGGGUUUGGAUCCGGCCCGAGUUAACGUUCCUGUCAUUGGUGGCCAUGCCGGGAAGACCAUCAUCCCCCUGAUCUCUCAGUGUACCCCCAAAGUGGACUUUCCCCAGGACCAGCUGACAGCCCUCAUUGGGCGCAUCCAGGAGGCAGGCACGGAGGUGGUCAAGGCUAAAGCCGGAGCAGGUUCGGCCACCUUGUCCAUGGCAUACUCUGGUGCACGGUUCGUCUUCUCCCUCUUGGAUGCCAUGAAUGGAAAGGAAGGAGUUGUUGAAUGCUCCUUUGUGAAGUCAAAGGAAACGGAGUGUACCUAUUUCUCCACACCAUUAGUGCUGGGGAAAAAUGGCAUUGAGAAGAACCUGGGCAUUGGCAAAAUCUCCUCUUUUGAAGAGAAGAUGAUAGCUGAGGCAGUUCCUGAGCUGAAAGCCUCAAUCAAGAAAGGAGAAGAGUUUGUAAAGAACAUGAAAUAAGCAAGUCAUUAAUGAGUACUCAGUUUCCUUAAUUUAUUAAGGCAUCAUGUCACUGUAAAGCCAUUUCAGAUACCUUUGUAUUUUAAUUUGCUCUGACAUUAUCAUCCCUUCCAAGUUGUUGGUUGGGCUAUUGGCACAUCAAUAAAAGCCAUCUUCGAUUUUCUUUUUUCAA